CAAUUCUUCUCGCUGUGCCCAGCGCUCCUUUUGGGCCAUUUUCUCGCAAUGAGGGUCAAUGCUAGAGUUCAAGGCUCUGUCCUGCGCUCUCUUCGCAAUGGACCGCACCUUACUAUUCGCCCGCAGUUGACUGCGCGGCGAUCAAUGAGCACCAUCACCGCAACAUCGAGAUCUGCAUCGCAAACUGUCCUGAAGGUACAUCAGUUGCAAAGGAGGUGGCAGUCAGGCUCAGCAGCCGCAGUUCUAGAACAGGCAGCGGGAGCUCCCUCAACUCUUUCACAGGAGUCCAUCAUUCAGCAAUUAGACCCAGUAGAAGCCGCAAGAUUGGAUAAAGUCCGCAACAUUGGUAUUGCUGCGCACAUUGACAGUGGAAAAACCACCGCAACCGAGAGAGUUCUCUUCUACACUGGCCGAAUCAACGCAAUACACGAAGUUCGUGGCAAGGACGCCGUUGGCGCCAAGAUGGACUCCAUGGAUUUGGAGCGAGAAAAGGGAAUCACCAUUCAGUCAGCGGCUACGUAUUGUGAUUGGGUCAAGAAAGAAGAUGGAAAGGAGAACAGGUAUCACAUCAAUUUGAUUGAUACACCUGGACACAUUGACUUCACAAUUGAGGUGGAACGCGCUCUCCGCGUUCUUGAUGGUGCGGUCAUGAUUCUUUGCGCUGUCUCAGGCGUACAAUCGCAGACAAUCACGGUUGACAGGCAGAUGAGACGGUACAAUGUUCCCAGGAUAUCCUUUAUUAACAAGAUGGAUCGGAUGGGAUCAAAUCCUUGGAAAGCGGUUGAACAAAUCAACAAAAAGCUGAAGAUACCGGCCGCGGCGCUGCAGGUUCCGAUUGGAAGAGAAGAUGGAUUCAAAGGUGUCGUUGAUAUCAUCCGCAUGAAGGCUAUCUAUUUCGAGGGUGUGAAGGGUCUAAACGUAGUCGAGAAAGACGAGAUUCCUGAGGAAUGCGUAGAAAUCGCCAAGGAGAAGAGGGCGAAGCUGAUCGAGACUUUGGCUGACGUUGACGAUGAGAUUGCCGAAUUAUUCCUGGAAGAAAAGGAGCCGACCAUCCCCCAGAUCAAAGCCGCGAUUCGAAGAGCAACCAUUGCACUUAAGUUCACACCCGUAUUGAUGGGUUCGGCACUAGCAGAUACUGGUAUUCAACCAAUGCUGGAUGCCGUGUGCGAUUAUCUCCCUAAUCCUGCGGAAGUCGAAAAUCUGGCGCUCGACAGAAGACGAGACGAAGCUUCUGUGAAGCUUGUGCCGUAUAACUCUCUGCCCUUCGUGGGACUUGCUUUCAAGCUCGAGGAGAGCAACUUUGGUCAGCUCACAUAUAUCCGUGUUUACCAAGGAACACUUAAGAAAGGCAUGACCAUUUUCAAUGCACGCAAUGAUCGCAAGAUUCGUCUUCCUAGAAUUGUGCGCAUGCACUCGAACGAGAUGGAAGAAGUCAAUGAGAUCGGCGCCGGAGAAAUUUGCGCUGUCUUUGGCGUCGAUUGCGCUUCUGGCGACACAUUCACAGAUGGCCAACUGUCAUACAGCAUGACGUCCAUGUUCGUUCCCGAACCGGUCAUUUCACUGUCCAUCAAGCCGAAGAAUAGUAAAGACAGCAACAACUUUUCCAAAGCCAUGAACAGGUUUCAGCGCGAAGACCCAACGUUCCGUGUUCACGUAGACCCGGAAUCGCAGGAGACGAUUAUCUCUGGUAUGGGUGAACUGCAUCUGGAGAUCUACGUCGAGCGUAUGCGCCGUGAGUAUAAGGUUGACUGUGAGACGGGCCAGCCCCAAGUGGCAUAUCGUGAAACAAUCGGGGCACAUGUACCUUUCGACCAUAUCCUCAAGAAGCAGACUGGUGGUGCUGGUGAUUACGCCCGCGUUGUCGGCUGGCUUGAGCCCACAGGCGAUUUGCAGACCAAUAGGUAUGAAAGCCAAGUCACCGGUGGUCAUAUCGACGAAAAAUUCCUGCAGGCUUGCGAGAAGGGUUUCCACCAGGCAUGCCAAAAGGGCCCUCUUAUUGGGCACAAAGUCCUUGGAACAUGCAUGGUCAUCAACGACGGUGCAACGCACAUGACGGAUUCUAGCGAAAGGGCCUUCAAUAUUGCAACCCAGGGCGCAUUCCGUAAGGCCUUCCCCAUGGGUUCACCGUCUAUUCUUGAACCACUCAUGAAGACCACUGUAACUGCCCCGAGCGAAUUCCAGGGUGCUGUUGUUGGUCUUCUCAACAAGCGCAACGCCAUCAUCAACGAGACAGAGACUGGAGCAGAAGAUUUCACCGUUUAUGCGGACUGCUCAUUGCACUCCAUGUUUGGCUUCUCGGGCAAUUUGCGCGCGGCAACACAAGGCAAAGGAGAGUUUUCCAUGGAGUUCAGUCACUACGCCCCUGCACCGAUGCAGCUGCAGAAGGAGUUGAUCGCCAAGUACCAGAAGGCACAGGCGGAAAAGAAUAAGAAAUAGAUGGGGUUUUGACAAGACAUCAGCAGUGUGCCAUUUCUUGUUUGUCCUUAAAAGAGCUUUGUAUCAUAACUUCUAUGCACUCAAGAGCGGGUAACAUUGAAGCCCGGUAAAGGGACGUAGUGUCAGAAUAGGGGAAAAAUAUCAUUUGGACUAUGUUGAUAGAACAUGCACUGGAUAUGAGAUAUACCAAAUACAUACUCUUCUCUAAACAA